CUCAACCAAUCCCGCUCUCAAAGCAUAGUAUGGCUCUUGGAAGAACUCAAGAUCAACUUUGACAUCAAGCUGUACCACCGCAACAAACAGACCAUGUUUGCACCCCCAGAGCUAGAAAAGGUGCAUCCACUCGGGAAAUCCCCCGUCGUGGUCAUCACGCCUCCUGGUGGAAGCGCAGAGCCCAUUGUCUUGGCCGAAAGCGGUUACAUGGCGAAUUAUCUGUGCGAGCACUUUCCUGAAGGCCGUCGCCUCGUGCCGCAGAAAUGGAAAGAGGGCAUGGAGGGCAAGAUUGGGGGUGAGACAGAGGCGUGGCUGAGGAAUCAGUAUUUCCUGCACUACAGCGAGGGCAGCCUGAUGCCAUAUCUGGUCCUCAGCUUGGUGAUUAGUAGACUCAAGCAACCGCCCGUUCCCUUUCUAAUUCGCCCCAUCACCACCGCCGUCGCCAACAGAAUCAUCUCAAGCUACAUCUUCCCAAAUAUCUACAGACACAUCAAGUUCCUGGAUCAACAACUGAGCACUUCUGGCGGACGCUACAUCUGCUGUGACCACCUCACUCCUGCUGACAUCAUCCUCAGCUUCCCUCUCUUCUCAGCCAAAGACGCUCUUGACAAUAUGGGGCAAUGGGAAGGUGGAUCAUGGAAGAAGGAGUUUCCACGCGUAGCAGAUUAUGUAAACCAUCUUCAAAACGAAGAGGGCUAUAAGAAGAGUACGCAGACGAUUGCAAAGGUUGAUGGACCCAACACUGAGGUGGCGCCGAAGAUGUAG